UUUCAGUCCUCUGUUUUCCAGUGGAUAAUAGUAACCCAGCCGAAGAAAGGCAGAUAACGCUGCCCCCUAGUUCUACGUAUAAGGAGAUCACAGGGCUCCGGGAAGGAACCAAAUACGAAGUUUCCGUGACAGCUGUUUACACAGGAAACCGGCGGAUGGCAGCACCAUCAUUAAUUUUUGAGACUGAAUCACCCUUUAUUUCCUCUGUUCAGGAAGAUCACGUGCUUCCAGGUCACAGCUUGUUUGUGGAAGAACCAGAAUGUAACUGUAGUGAGCCUGGAACAGCAGCAUGCACAAGAAUCCACAACACAGUAAAGUGCACUUGUUUCGCUGGAUACACCGGAAACUGGUGCGACCAAUGUACUUCUGGAUUUUUCCUCGACAAAAAGGUAUGCAAGGACUGCCCCUGUACGAAUACAACAUCAUCAGGAGAAUGCACAUCAGAUGAAUUCGGGGAGGUCAAGUGUGAGUCAUGUCUCGCUGGACAUCGUGGUCGUCUCUGUUCUUCGUGUACUGCAGGAUAUCGUUGGAAUAAUAUCAGUUGUGUGCCCUUGAACUGCUUGAGUUUCACGUUGUGCAUGGAGCAGAUGGAUCAUCCGGGGUGCAGUGACUGUAUUUACUUGAUGGACAGUUUGUCUCCGCCUACUGCACAGAAAAGUUCAGAGCGAACAAUCGCUGAUGGAACUGUGCCGUUAAUUGCUGUGAUAGUGACCCUUGGAAUCAUCUUAUUGGUUGCUGCUGGUGCUACAUGUUACCGCUCAUGGGUUCAUUGGAGGGCGCGACCAAGGCUCCCUCUAUGGGAAAUGGAACUCGGUGAGGACAAGAAGACGUUGGGUUACCAUUCUAUAUGCAGAAUAAAUGAUGAUAAUAUUCAUCAUGCAUCAACUGUGGCAGAAGAGGAGGACCUCACCGACUACACUCAUUCCGCUGUUUCAUAAAUAUCCCAUAGACCAGGUUCCGUGACCAUUGUAAUCGGGGAAAAGAAUUUAUUUUCAAAGAUUUCGAUAAAAGUCAUAAAACUGUCCUUUGAAGAGAGUUAAGAUUACAACGUAAACCGAUAGCGUUGCUUAAGAAGGGUGCCCUAACGUCAAAGAAAAAAAUAAACGUUGAGGGCGAGUUACUUCAUAAUUAGGGAGUUGGGUCAACAUUUGAUAAUGACACGGGACGGGUUAUUAUUACUAGUUUGAAUGUCAAGAAAAUAUUAUUUUAUACAAAGUAAGUGAACAAAAUAAUGGGUAACAAUAGGAUUGCAGAUAAAUUACAAAUGAGAGAAAAUAAAAUAAAGGUAUUGAACUUUAUUGUAUGAUAUAAAUAUGCUGUUUGGUAAGAAAAAGUAUUGCCACUCAUAAUUAUGAAAUAUGGUCUUAAUGGCGUUACUUGGCUAGAAAAUGUAACUGCAAGUGGAAGUUUUGCCAUAAAUAGUAAUUUUUUUAGAAAUGUUUACAUUUUAAUACAUUUGAUGACCUUGAUGAAAUAGUAACUACUAAAAACAACUAAUGUCUAUUUUUUUACUUCUUUAUGGCGGUUUCACCUCCUUUCAGCUUGAUUACGAACAGAAUGAAAAAUGAGUUGGAUAGCUAGCUAUUCUUCAUCCGAAGAAAUCCGUAUGUGUUCAAUGUUUGUAAUACCGCUGUUCCAAUCACUGUAGAUAUAUCUAUCGUGCUUUGUAUGUAUAGUAAGUUUCAGGCUACGGAUAAAAAUGCCCGAAAUAAUAAAUUCUUUAUUUGAUAAUUAUUUAUUUAGUGGUGCUAGCAAAUUCCAAGUAUGUACACGAUUUUAUUAUUUAGCACCUAACUAUUGACCAUGGUUUGGCUUCCGGAUGAAAAAUAUAAACGAAAAUGCAUGCCGAGUGAAUUAAUCCUAUUUAUGAACACUUAGUAUUUUGCAUGUACAUACAUACAGCUUGCUAAGUUUUACGUGUUAAGUGUUUCAACUAAAAUGUUGAUAAUUUCGAUCUGUUUCACGAAACUAACUAAGGAGUUGAAUGAAUUAUCAGAGAGAACAGUACUUUAUACAAAUGUUUAUAAUGUAAAGCUAAAGUGUCACUCAGCAAUAUAUAAAAAUACUAAUAACAAUGAAACAAAACUGUGGUUAUGUUUAGGAUAGCUCAAUAAAAGCUACACCGAUGUACCCUUAUUUGCUAUUUUGUAAAUAAAAACAUGCGAUCGAAAUUGUAAACAACUUUUUAUAGAAAUAUCAAUCGAGAAUGAGAAUUUAUUCUUAGUAACAUACAAGUCUUAAAAGGAAUGACUAUAUAAAAAAAACUUAUAUUUUUACUUAUACAACCCCUUCUAUUUAAAUGCACAAUAUCAUCGAACUUUAUCAGGGCCUCGUGAAAGAGGAUAAAUAUUUGGAGGUAAAUUAAGUACCAGUAUCAUUAGAAACUUGUAGUUAUUGUAGGACCAUCCUUAAAACAAUUUAAAGGUAUUGUGUUUGUUUAUUAGUUAGAAAAGAUUUACCUUGCAAUUUUUCUCAAAAAACAAACAAACUGCAAAAUAUUAUAGUGCCAUCUUUUGAUAUAUUUCUAAACUUUUAAACAGCAA